AUGGAUCAAGAACAAUUGGAAAAUGGGACCAACGAGGUUUCGUUGCUUCAUGCAGUCGAUGAUGAGCAUGGAGGGGUCAUGGUGGAUAUUAAGGAACCUAUGGACCCAGACAAGUUCAAUAUGAUCCUCAGAUGUUCACUUUCACGUUGGGAGCAACAGGGUAAGAAGGGGAUUUGGAUCAAGUUGCCAAUUAAGUUUGUGAAUCUUGUUGAAACUGCAGUAAAGGAAGGGUUUCUGUAUCACCAUGCAGAACCUCACUAUUUGAUGCUUGUGCACUGGAUCCCGAAAACUCUUAGUACCAUACCAGCAAAUGCAACACACAGGAUCCGCAUUGCUGCUAUUAUUAUGAAUGAUAAAAGAGAGUUGCUUGUUGUACUGGAAAAGCAUGGUAGCUUUAAAGGAACGGGUAUCUGGAAGAUUCCUACAGGAAUUCUUGAAGAGGGAGAAGACAUAUUUUCAGGUGCAAGGAGAGAAGUGAAAGAGGAAACAGGAAUUGAUACAGAAUUCAUGGAUGUGCUGGCAUUCAGGCAAAGGCACAAGUCAUUCUUCAACAAAUCAGAAUUACUUUUCCUGUGUAUGCUGCGUCCCUUAUCCUUUGACAUCCAAAUACAGGACUCAGAAAUUGAGGCGGCCCAGUGGAUGCCAAUUACGGACUAUGCAUCACAGCCAUUUGCCAAGGAACACUCUGUUUUUAAGUAUGCAGCGGAUGCCUGCUUAGCAAAGGUUGAUAAUGGAUACACGGGCUUUGUGCCGCUGCAAAUAUCAUCAUAUUCUGGUGAACAGAUACAGAUUAGCUACAUUUAUGUCAACAAGGAGGCUGUGAACAUGUAA